GUCUGGAUGUGGCCGCAGAGAAACGGAGCUCAGCCUCAUUUCUGCGGAUUUUCUGGUUCUGCUGAAGAAGCUGCCGCUCGAUCCGGAUCAUCCUAAGAGGAGAGUCCGAACAGAGCCGAGCCGAACUGAGCCGAGCCGAGCCGAACAGGAAUACAGACAGACAGACAGAUAGACAGACAGACAGACAGACAGGGAGACAGACAGGCUGCUUCAUCUCCUCCUGCGAAGCCGUAGUCAUCCUCCCGGAGAUGCCAUGUGUGCGUUUCCUUCAGGACAGUCUGACCUCGGAUCAGUGAUGUGUGUGUGACCUCUUUGAGGUCCUGUGAGGUGGAUCCAACAUGGCCGCUGUGUGUGGCGCAGUGGUCGCAGUGUGUGUGAGCGUCCUGCUGCUGCCGGCUGUGAGCGGUUUUCAGUCCGAGGAACGAGAAUGUGCCUUCACCGAAAACCUUCCAGUGGCGGAUCCUCACAGUGGAUCGACCAAUAAACUUCGAGGAGUGGUGCGAGAAAAUGGCACAGUUCGCUGCAGCCGCGGCUCGCGCUGCUAUGGAUUGUGGGAAAAGAGAGCAGACGGGGAAAUACACCUGGUGAACCAAGGUUGUUGGGCUCAACAGCAGAAGUGUAAUGGCGAUCGUUGCCUGGUAACAGCGACGCCCUCUGAGAUCCAAAAUGGCAACUUCAGAUUCUGCUGCUGCAACCGAGACCUCUGUAACGCCAACUUCACAGAGGCCCCGCCCACCGCUGACACCCCCGCCCUGAAGCCGAUGAGGACAGAUGGUCCAGACGACGGACAGACAGAUCACCGACAUCUGAGGCAGGCGCUCAUCGCCCUGUUGACUGUCGCUGUAGCAGCCAUCGUCAUCGUGGCAUUGUUCCUAGGAUACCGCAUGAUGAGAGGGAAACAGAAACACAGUCUGUCAGCUCUGGAUGUCAUGGAAGCUGCAAACUCAGACUCUGUCGACCUGGAUAAUCUGAAACUACUGGAGCUGAUUGGUCGGGGUCGUUACGGUACAGUGUUUCGCAGCUCUCUUAACGAGCGCUGCGUGGCCGUUAAACUCUUCACCUCAGCCAACCGACAGAACUAUGCCAACGAGCGCUCCAUCUACUGCCUGCCGCUGCUGCAGCAACACGACAACAUCGCCCGCUUCCUGAGCGCCGACGAGAGGACAACAGCCGACGGGAGACCGGAGUUCCUGAUCCUGAUGGAGUAUUACCCACAUGGCUGUCUGUCUCACUACCUGUCUGUCCACACGGUGGACUGGGUGGCGUGCUGCAGGAUGACUCACGGCGUCACCAGAGGACUGGCCUUCCUGCACACUGAGCUCUACAGAGGAGAUCAGUACAAACCCCCCGUGGCUCACAGAGACGUGACCAGCAGGAACGUUUUGGUCCGGGCCGAUCUCUCCUGCGUCCUCGCUGACUUCGGCCUGUCCAUGAGGCUGACGGGAAGCCGGCCCUGUCGCCCUGGAGACGACGACACCAUGGCGAUAUCUGAGGUGGGGACGGUGCGGUACAUGGCUCCGGAGGUUCUGGGCGGGGCUCUGAACCUGAGGGACUGUGAGUCGGCGCUGAAGCAGGUGGAUGUUUACGCUCUGGGUCUGCUCUACUGGGAGAGCUUCAGGAGGUGCUCACACCUGUUCCCAGGUGAAGCAGUACCUGAGUACCAGCUGGCGUUCCAGGCAGAGCUCGGGAAUCAUCCAAGCUUUGAGGAGAUGCAGAUACUCGUUGCCAGAGAGAAAUACAGACCCAGAUUCCCUGAAGCCUGGAAGGAGAACAGUCUGGCGUUGCGUUCCCUCAAAGAGACGAUGGAGGACUGCUGGGAUCAGGACGCUGAAGCUCGACUCACCGCUCAGUGUGCGGAAGAGAGACUGGCUGAACUCACACUGCUGAGUACACACACUGCAGUACACAACCACAGAAAUUUGUCCCAAGGCUGCUGGCCCCCUCAGGUUGGCUCCACCUCCUCGUACAUUGAGGAUGUCCAGGUAGGUGUGGUUAAGAAUCUCCAGGGAGAUGGCCAAGCAGCUCUGGUAAUUAAGACAACAACAAGUGGAGCAGAAUGUUUUGAAAAGAACAGAAACUCCAUCAACUACGAACGCCAACAGGCACAGAGUCAGGCUAGAUCGUCCAAUCAAGACAUCAGAGUGCCAACCAAGACUGCCCUGACAUCUACCACCCUCCUCCGCAGCAUCUCUGAGUCUGAGCAUAACGGUGGUGCUGUGUCCAGAGUCCCAGUCUGCCUGCAGCUGACAGAAGAAGACUUGGAGGCCACCAAACUCGACCCUAAAGAGGUUGAUAAAAACUUGAGGGAAAGUUCAGAUGAAAACUUGGUGGAGCAUUCGCAGAAACAAUUCGGUUCAACAGAGCAACAAACUACCAACCUGCUGUACAAUAAGACGCUACCAACUGAUGAGGUGAACAAUUCUGCGCGGAUUACUCAGCAUGACUUGGGGAGUGUUAGUGGGGUGGACUCCCCUCUCUCCUCCUCCACCCACCCCCUCCCCAAACAGCAGAACCUGCCUCAGAGGCCCACCAGCCUCCACCUUCUACCAAAAGCUAAGGAGACCCCCUCGGCCUCUUCUCGUUUGAAGCUGGCAAAGCUCAAGUCAAACCACAGACAGGUGGAAACAGGUGUUGCUAAAAUGAACACAGUUACAGUCGCUUCCGCUGUGGAGCCCCACAUGGUGACAACAGUAACAAACAACACCAGCACAAGGGCCAAUGUUGCAACUGGGAACCAAAUAACGGUGGCCACCGCUGGCUAUAGCGCAGGUGUCCCCACCUUGGUGGCUAAUGGCAUAAUAGGUGGAGGUCGAACCAAUCCGGCAGGGCCACAGCUGGAGGAGGAAGACAAGACAGAGGGAGGGAUAAUAGUAGGAGAUGUUAACCGUAUGAACCUUCUCAACUCCAGUCCUGACGAACAUGAACCACUGCUGAGGAGAGAACAGCCUCCUGCUGAGAGUGAACCCCCUCCUCAUCUGCAUCAUCAGCAGACACGAGCUGGAAACAUCCUGUCAGGGCGAGGCUCAAACUCCAACAACAACAACAAUACAAAUGCCCUACGAUCAGACAUCAGGAUCCAGGCGGUUCAAUCUGAAGAAAUUAUUGGACCAGAGAUCAACAACGGUUUGAUAUUCAACAGACCAGAACCAGAGCCUCACCAACAGAUUGGUGAAUACCUUCCAGUGUCUCCAGUUAUAACUCUUGAUAAUAAGGUUAUGCUUUCUAGUCCACCAGAAGUUAUACCAGGCUGCAGGGAUCAAGAUUCUGGCUCAGCACCAAGCUUGGCAAAUUCUUCAGAAGUGCUUGUCCCAGAAGGCCAAGAAAUGCUAGCUUCACAAGCACAGGACCAGGUUAUCAUAACCUCAACCUCAUCUCCAAAAGAUCCGUUUGUAGAGGCCUUAGCCUUUGCACCGGAAAUUCAAGAUCUGAAAAUUCAAUCCUCAGAUCCAGAAGCUCCAGUCUUGAAUCCAAGUGUUUCAUCUUUAGAGGUUCAGGACUCAAAAAUCCCAGAAUCUCAGCCACUGGAAACUCAAGAUCCAGAGAGUAUAUCUCUGGCAAAAGCUAAAGUGCUACAAUUACCCGCCCCGGGAAUACAGUCUCCAGUUCUGCUGCGGAACCACAAUGGGCCAGCAAAAGCCAAGAGGCCUGUUAGACCCUGUUCCCUGGAUUUGUCCACAACUUGCAUGUCCUCAGAUGAUGUUUCUCUGACAGACGACGGCAGUCUGAGUGCUUCAGGAGAGAAAAUAAAACGUCGUGUAAAGACUCCAUAUACCCUGAAAAAAUGGCGUCCUGCCUCAUGGGUCGUACCCACGGAUACAGCCUUUGACCCUGACUUCGAGUUCAUCACCAGUGGCAGUAGCAGCAUUCAGAACCACUUUUCUUCUGGUCCUCUGAGAGCUGGAAGCUUUGGCAUCCCUAAAAUCAAUCAGUCAAAAUCAAGCAUGGCUGUCUUUUUGGUUGGAGGUGGAGCCACGGCGACCACAACCUCUGAGCCCGAUGGAAUGACCUGUUUCUAAAACUGUGGGAUUGAUGUUUUCUUUUUAAAAACUUUUUUGUCUUCCUUUCUUUUUAUCAUCCCUGUUGUGGAAAAUAAGGACUGUCUGCUGCCCCCUUUAGCCUCCCCAACAGAAUCUGGACCUUACCCUGAAUAAAGAAACAACGAGUGAACAACAGUGAACCACAGUGACGCUGUUCUGUGGUUUUAUGACAGAAGUCAUGGGAUAUGAGAUCCAUCAAAUUAUAGGGACAGUUUACACAAUUUAGAACAGCAGUUGGAGUUUGGAUUGCUGGUUAUAUUAAAAUGUUAUUGAUUCAGUUUGAGACUUUAAGGUUUGCCACAGAUACGACAGUCCAUUGACCAUUCGUCAUUGAGCUUUGAGGCUCAUGUCCACAAUGUCAAAAAUAUAUAUUUCCAUUUGUUUUGAAGUGAGAAGACUCUACUUCUACAUGACUUCUGUUGUGUCUAGUCUUCUGGCUUGUGAAUUGGCUGGUACCCAGAAGCUAAAAAGUCUCCAUAGAUGAUUUGGUGAAAGAAGUCUGUGCAAGUUCUCAUGUCAUCCAGGUCAUGGUAGAUUCGAAGCUUUAUCCAAAGGCAACUGGACUGGUUGAAGAUCUUGAAGACUUUUCACCUCUCCUCCGAAAGGCUUCUUCAGUUCCACUAGAAAGUUUAGAAGUGAAGAAGCCUUUCAGAGAGAUGAAACGUCUUUAAGAUCUUCAACCAGUCCAGUUGCCUUUGGAUAAAGCUUCGGAUUUGGUGAAAGAGGUUGAUAGAUUUUUGGGGUCCCAUGGUUCUACUGUAGCCAGUGCUAGUGGCUAGUAUGCUAACAGUGACUAGUAGUAAUUUUGCUGUGACUGUCUUGAGGACUGAGUUUUGCAAUCCUGGUUUGUUUUCGGCCCCUUGCAAAGUCAGGGAACUUCUGUAAGUCUUGACGGCUUCCAUUCAUUGUGGCUUAUGAAUCUUGAUUGGUGUUUUGGUGAAGGAGGUUCAAAGCUGUAGACCUCAGGGGUCCCAUGGGUUCACCUGUUGGUAGUAGAUGUGGUUAGUAACGAGUGGUAUUAGUGCUAACCCUAUCAGAGAGCUAAAGUUGCUCAUGAUCCUGUUGCAGCUAGUCUUUUGUUUCGGCGGGUUACCUGUGGGUGUGGCCUUGAUUUAAAACGAGGAUUGAAGUCCCCCCCCAUGACUUGGAAAAUCUCUUUCAGUUUAUCGUGCAGUACAGGAGUACUUGGGUUCAGUCUCUGACUGUAGCAAGUUAGGGUGUUCAGUAGUUUGUCAGUGUGACAGGAGAGGAUUGAGGAAAGCUAUCAUUAAUAUUUUUAAGCACUUUAAAAAGAGUUUUAUGUUAUUUAGGGCACUAAAGAACCAUAUCAGGACACCUUGUGCAUUACAGUAGUAACAGUAACACGUGUUUCUUCUGUGUUGGUGUGUUUUGUGACUCUGUAAAGUGUUCUGUAUGAUUUGAAGAGCCAGUUUUGCUUCAAGCCUUUACUCUAGCUAUGCAGUCAGCUCACAGCGCCUCCUCCAUGUGUUUGGCUAUAACUUAUCUUAAGAUUCACUUGAUUACUGUUGGAGGAACUUUAUUCUUUUGUAAUUUUGCACUUUAUUUUUGGAUGUAGUCAGAACUGCCUGCUACUGCCAUGUUAGGGCUAAACGGACGUUGAAGAAACUAGAAGAUAUUAAAGCAGCGAUAAACCACGUUCCUACAGUUAUUGAAACCAUCAGCCUUGUGAACAGCGUAACCUCGGCCACGUACAACCUCCUCAGGUACCUUUAAAUCCUUUAUGUAGGCUGGACAGCUUUCAGAGAAGAAAAACAGUCCAAAACAAAAAAGUUACCCGAUGACAGAUUUGUUCCAGCAAACAAAAUAGGCCUUUGAAGAACUCCAUAUCUGUCUUAUUUAAAUGUUGUGCUAUCCCCAUCCAGAGAAGGUUGAUUGUUGGUUUUAGAGAUACUGUAAGUCGGAAGGAAGGAAGGAAGAUCAGUAUCUAAAGGUCUCCGUUUGAUUCAAGCAGCGUGUUUGAAAGUUAAUGACCUAGGGAAUAACACCUCGUCACGAUACAGUCCUAACAGCAGCAUUAACUGGUCUACACUUUUCAGCUUCAUGCUCGGGUCAGACUACACCAUCUUUUGGUCUGUUACCAUGGUUACUGUGUCAGAUUAGGCGCAUAAAUGUAUGCCGUGACUUAACCGACAGACGUGAAAGACUACACGGUGGUACCCAACGAAUCGUCACGACUGACGUGAUGGAGUUGGAAAGGAAGAGGGGCGGAGCUUGACGACACCCUGAACGAACACUUAAAACAAAAACAAAAAAAACAGUUUUUGCCAGAGAUCAACUAACUUUACCUCGGUCUCAUAGUUCCAUCUCACAGCACCAACUUCACCAGUCUUUUGCACGUGCUGAGUGCUCUGUGCUCUCAUUGGACAACAGCACUGAUGUGACAGAACACAUAGUAGAAGGCGGAAAAUACAAUCAAACAUACUUUCUGUCGGGAGGUCGUGAAGCGUCCUAGACGUGGCCUUGAUUGUUGUUCAUUUUGACACACCACACGGGAUAAAACAAUUGAUUUUCGGGGCAGAAGGGAUCGCCACGUCUGCCUGUUGAGGCUAUAAUCGAGUUCAGUCUGACCUCGGCUUUAAUCGAGUUCAGUCUGACCUCGGCUUUAAUACAUUCAGCAUUUAAAUGAUCCACAGCACUUUAUUUUAACAAACUGCAUUUGAAAUGGCCCAAGCAUCUUGUCAUCUGCCCGACAAGUAAAUCUGUACUCUUACAUUGAAGCUAAAUAAAUCCAAAAGAGCCUUGCUAGUUAACGAAGCAGUAUCCAUAAAUAGUGUAUUUUCAUGUUAUUAGCAAGGUAUUGUAGUGGUAGUAGACGAUUUAUAAAUGCUUGUUUUCUGAAUGGAGUUUGGUGUGGAGUUUUUUAAACUAAAAUAACUGAAGAAAUAGGUGAUAUAAUGCCUAAGUAACAAACUGUUGUCCAUCCCUUUGCGUUACCAUCAACUCUACGAAGAGGAUAUAUAAAUAUGAUUAACUAACUGUUAUACUCGUAUCGAAUGAUGCCUUCUAAAAUGUAUUUACGUUUUGUAAUUUGUGCAUUUUCUACUGUUUCUACUGUUUUUAGAUAUGCUGAUGUGUACAGAUGUGCCCUGAGAAUUGUUUUGUUUCACAUGAAAUUUGUGAAGGCAGAUUUGCUCGACCUAGCCUAGAGCUAACUGUAGCAACGGGGCUAAGAGCUAAUAUCAGAUACUUACUGUUUUAGGUGGGUAUAACUCAAUAACCACAAGGAAAUUACUAUAUUAUUAUCCCUGGAUGUUUACUGCAUCAAGGGAGGACCUAUAUGGAUUUUAAUCAUUAGAUAAUUGUUCAAAGAACUAGCUUUAGUGCCAGCUAGCUCUGGUUAAGUUAACCCUAGUGUAGCUAGCUCUGGUUAAGAUCACCCUAGUGUAGCUAGUUCUGGUUAAGUUAACCCUAGUGUAGCUAGUUCUGGUUAAGUUAACCCUAGUGUAGCUAGCUCUAGUUAAGUUAACCCUAGUGUAGCUAGCUCUGGUUAAGUUAAACCUAGUGUAGCUAGCUCUGGUUAAGCUCACCCCAGUGUAGCUAGCUCUGGUUAAGUUAACCCCGGUGUAGCUAGCUCUGGUUAAGUUAACCCUAGUGUAGCUAGCUCUGGUUAAGUUAAACCUAGUGUAGCUAGCUCUGGUUAAGCUCACCCCAGUGUAGCUAGCUCUGGUUAAGUUAACCCCGGUGUAGCUAGCUCUGGUUAAGUUAACCCCAGUAUAGCUAGCUCUGGUUAAGAUCACCCUAGUGUAGCUAGCUCUGGUUAAGUUAACCCCAGUGUAGCUAGCUCUGGUUAAGUUCACCCUAGUGUAGCUAGCUCUGGUUAAGUUCACCCUAGUGUAGCUAGCUCUGGUUAAGUUAACCCUAGUGUAGCUAGCUCUGGUUAAGCUCACCCUAGUGUAGCUAGCUCUGGUUAAGCUCACCCUAGUGUAGCUAGCUCUGGUUAUUAAGCCUGUGAAACUACAAAACUCUGUUCUUCAGUCUCUUUAUCAAUAUUAUAUAGUUUCAUUGGGUGUAGCUAGCACUCAUUUAGCUAGCUAUUUUUAAGAUAACCCUGGAUAACCUAGCUCUGAAUAAGAUAACAUUGCAGUCCAGCUUACCUGCUUUAGGUAGCUCUGGAGGCUUCUCGUCAGCAGUUAGGUUUCAUAGUAGCCUCUAUGAAAAUAAUCCAAGAACAUCCAAUGUGUUCAGACCGGGUAAGAAACAAGAUAUCACCUAAUAUCAUUUAGGCUUUUAUGACUUUUGCAGAUUUGUCUUGAACAGCAGUUGCACCACAUUAAUGAUAUUGGCUGCAGCUAGCUAAUAUGUUGCUAGCUAAAAUAUCCAACAAGUGUAUUUGUGUUGAUCCCAAACCUGGACAUCAGUACGGAGCCUGGGAGUUCACAUGGAUAUGUUUUUAUUUUAUUUUUCAAUGUGUGCGCUUUCUUUUUUGCAUAAGAUCACAGGGCUGACAUGUAGAGACAGACAACCAGCCACACUCACAUUCACACCUAUAGGCAAUUUAGGGUCUCCCGUUAACCUAACGAGCAUGUCUUUGGACUGUGGGAGGAAACCGGAGUACCCGGAGAGAACCCACACAUGCACAGGGAGAACAUGCAAACUCCACACAGAGAGGCUCCUGUCAGACGGGGAUUCAAACCAGGAACCUCCUCACUAACCACUGCUCCACCGUGCAGCCCUGUGUCUUAUUACUUGUUUUAUUUAUUUUAAUAGACACAUCUGUGCGAGUUACUCCAACGAGCGUGCAGUUUAUAAAACAGGUGCAUGAAAUGGAAAGCGUGCAUGUUUAAAAACAAACAAACACAUGCAUGUCACCUCCUGGCCUCCGUACAUCUGACCUCAUUAAAAACAGUUUCAGCACCAAGGAGGACGUUUUAUCUAAAGAAGAAUUUAAAGUCUGCGGGCACAUUUUUCAGCUACAUUUUCUCCGCUCUUGUGUCUCGUCUUUUAUUUAAUGGCCGUCAGUCCACAUUAGCUUUUAUCUUUGUGAUUACAUGCUGAACUUGAGAGUUCGUACUGGAGGAUUAACCCUUUAAACUAAUUUUACUGUAGCUUCUAUAUAGUUAUCAUACAUGUCAUUGAAUACAUCACGCCUCAUGCAUGAAAGAUCACCUCACUCAAACGUGAUUGAUAUGAUUUCUGUCUCUUUAGCUGCCUAUCAGUCUGCUUGAACAUAUCAGUGUUUAAAUGUCGACAGUGCAGAUGCAGUAAGGAUGCAGGACGAUGAGUCUGCCUCAGCUGAAGCUCUGUAAAGAAAAUACACAUACCUUUAGUUUGUCUGUCGACCCGGAGUCCUGAUGAUUGUGGGACGUCUGAAUCCUCGUCUGCUGUUAAAUAUUUUGUGCAUUCUUUGGUUAUGGGUGUCUUUUUACAUGAUGUGAUAGCUGAGACUUUCCGAUGUUGUAAAUAUUCCUUAUCACACAUUGUAUACCUUCAUAUGGGACCAACUGUCACUCCUGUAAACUGUUGGUGUUGUAUUCUGCAGACCUCUGUAGUAUCUCUGUACAGGACUCACACUGAGCAUGAUGCACCAUCCUUCAGAUUAUUAACCUUUGUGCUUCAGACUACAACAUGAUGUAAAUCCACGUGAGCGAAAAAUAAAGAAUUAUCAGUUCAUGAAAUAAAGUGCAGAGGAUC